ACUGAAUGUCUAGUGGUGUUGACUUCUAAGGACUUAAACCUUGAUAAAGGUAAUUUGUCAAAAAAGGUUUUGAAAGAAGGUGGUCCUGAUUUGGCAAAAGAAAUAAGAAGCAAGUUUAAGGGGAUAACAUUAGGAAACGGAACAUUUAUUUCAACAAGCCCAGGAAACCUUAAGCACAAAGGAGUGAAAAGGCUAAUAUUUGGUCAUUUACCAAAGUGGUAUAACCAUACAGUGAGAUUGAAGGUUUUGCAGCAGUUUGUUGAAGGCUGUCUGAUAGAAGCUGAUGAACAGGAUUGUAAGUCAAUUGCUUUCCCUGCACUUGGUACUGGUAAUUUAGAAUAUCCUCCAAGAGAUGUAGCUACUGCAAUGUUAGAUGGAAUUGAGAGUUAUACUGAAGAAUCCAUGAUUGCAAAACUUAAAACUGUGUAUAUCACUACAACAGAUGAUGCAAUGUUUCAGAUCCUGGGUAUGGAACAAAAGAACAGAGGUGACCAAAAUACUAGAGGUGAUGGGGACAUAGCAAAUGAUGCAGAAAUUCUGUCUUCAAAUGAUAACAGAAUAAACUACACUGUUGUUAUGGAGCGUCAUCUUCAGACCAAUCCUUCAGGAAAAUUUGUGAAAGUUCAAUUUAUGCUGAGAUUGGAAGCUGGAAGUAUGAAUUGCCCAACACAAUGGCUAUUACUAAUUGGAUGUGGUACCACACAGAAAGACUUGGAAAAGGCU